AUGGCUGAAGAUGCAGAUACAAUCGUUGAUGUACACUAUGAUGGGGUGUUCACACCUACCCCAUUAAUGUAUUUUAAUGGAGUAAAAGCCUCUGUACCAUACACGGUUGUGAACAAGAAGAACUUCCCUGAUUUCAUCUCCUUUCUUCAAAAGAUUACUAACGGAAGAUGCAGAUAUGUGUAUUACUGUCCACAUGAAGUGAGGUUGUCGAAGGGAUUACAUGAUAUUCAGAAGAGAUUGGAUGUGUAUGUGGAUCAUUAUCAUGAACCUUUGUUUGAUUGGAUUCAGGAGGAAGAAGCAUACCUUGAAGAUGAAGAUUUGGUUUCUAUUGAUGAUGUGGACUCCAUUUUAGAAGAUGGACUGAAAGUUGAACAUGUAAAGGACGAUGAAGUUAUAUCUCUCAAAAGAAUCUUCAAUGAUCAUUUCCUCAACAAACUUUAUCAAAUACAGAAUGAUGACUUGGUUCAAGAUGAUCAUAAUGCAAUACGACCUAUCUACCCAAGACAUGAUCAUACUCAAGAUUGGAAUGAGAUGAAGCCUCGAUUAGGUAUGAAAUACUCUACUACUGCUGAACUUAAAUACUCUCUUAUUUGCUAUGUUGUAGCAAAUGGUUAUGAUUUGUGGUAUGAAAAGAAUGACAAGAAUAGGUUGCUAGUUAGAUGUUGUAAAGGAAAGAAUCAGACAUGCCCUUUUAGAUCGUAUGCUUCCUGGAUGAAAGAGGAACACACUUUUCAGAUUAAGUCUCUUAUAACAGAGCACAAGUGCUCUAUGGCAUUCAAGCUUGGGUCAAUUGUAACAUAUAAGUGGAUAGGGAAACAAUUUGUGAAUUAUGUUUUGGAGAGUCCUAAACUGAGUUUGAGGAAAAUGAAAGCCCUAGUAUCUAAGAGAUACAACAUUAAUGUGAGUGUUGGGCAGUGUAGGAAUGCAAAAAAGUUAGCAUUAUCUGAAGUUGAGGGAAGUUUGAAAGAGCAUUAUGCCAGAUUGGGGGAUUAUACAGCUGAAAUCAGAAACGUUAAUCCAGGUUUUGAUGUUAGCUUUAAAGGUGUUGUGGAUGGGUGGUUUGAUAGAUGCAUAAAGGAAAUUGGGAUUGAUGGUUGCUUUCUUAAUUGUGUUUGUAAAGGGGAGCUCCUACCAACAGUGGGUAGAUAUGCUAAUAAUAACAUCUAUCCCUUAGCUUGGGCAGUAGUCAAUGUUGAGAACAAAAGGACAUGGAAAUGGUUUUCGGACAACCUGAUGGAAAACAUCGGAGGAGGGAAUGGUCAUGGCAUUACAAUCCUCUCAGAUUGA